CCACCCUAAACCCAAACCAACCAAAGAUCCCCCAUUUCCUUCGUUCCCAGCGGAAGCCCGAGAGCCGCUGAGCCAAUCCACCGCCGCCCGGCAGCAAUCCUCGCUCACCAUGGACUCGGCGGAGAGCUCCGUGGCCUCCACCCCGGCCCGCGCCCCCGCCGUCGCCCCAAAGGCCGCCGUCGGCCCCCGCUACAACAACGACGGCGGCGACGACGACGACGACGGCGUUCCCAUGGUCGCCCGCUGCGUGUCGUCGAUGAUCGACAGCGGCGACCCGGAGAGUCACCGCCUGUUCCUGGCCCGCCGGACGGCGCUGGAGAUGCUCCGCGACCGCCGGUACGCCGUGCCGGAGGCCGACCUCGCCCGCACGCUCCCGGAGUUCCGCGCCUGGUGGGCCGAGAGGCCCGAGAUCGACCGUCUCUCCUUCUCCACCACCCUCGCCUCCGACCCCUCCAACAAGGUGCAACUCGUGUUCUGCCCACCGGAGCCUUUCAAGAUCGCGGCUAUCCGGGAGGUGUAUGGGCGAGUGAAAGACGAGAACCUGUCUUGCCUCAUUCUGGUGCUGCAGAGCAAGAUAACGUCCAGGGCUAAAGACGCCAUCAAGGAGAUCUUCAAGUACAAAGUGGAUGUGUUCCAGAUCGCAGAACUACUGGUGAACGUUACUAAGCAUGUCCUGAAGCCCGAGCAUGAAGUGCUUACUCCAGAAGAAAAAGCCCAUCUGCUGAAGAAGUACAACGUCGUGGAUUCACAGUUGCCUCGCAUGCUAGAGACCGAUGCUAUCGCUCGCUACUAUGGCCUCGGCAAGGGAACCGUGCUCAGAGUUACGUAUGAUGGCGAGCUCACCGGGAACCAUGUGACUUACCGGUGUAUUUUCUGAUGGAGACCGUUUCUGCUUCCUCUGAUGAAAUAUGAAGUUUGCUGCUGUAAGCUGUUAGCAAAUACCUGUCUCACUGAUGAUGUAGUAGUACUACUAUCCUAGUCUGUCAGUCCAGUCCUUUGUGAGUGGUUCACUGGGGAAACUCGAACUAUCCCAAGCUGUUAGUUAAUCUGUCGGUCUGUUUCAGUGUCCAGUUGUUAGUUACUGCAUGUCUUUGGGAAAUUGAAAUGUGCCGCAGUGAGAACCAUUCAAAUGGAUUCAAGCAGAAUUCGUUAAUUUUA